AAACCUCUUGUUUUGCGCGUUCAUUGUCAAGACGCGUCGUCGAAGGAGAAAUGGGAUACACAACCGUUGCGCGAUGGAUGAACGCGCCAACAACAGGUCUUGAGAUGAUCUCGGAGAACAUACGCUCAAAGUACAAUGGUCAACCUCGCGGCAAAUGGCAAGUCUCGAUGCGCCUGUACCGCUCGACCAUCCAGAUGCUGCCUGGCAUGAUAGGUGCUGAGCGCUCCAUGACCACCUUCACGCAAACUUCCCCCGACGCCGCGUUCGUACUCAUCGAGGACCCUCUCGCGAUGCAAGGAAGCAUGUCAGCGAUGUCGCAGGACCAGCCAACUCCGAGCCACUACCAGUACACGCUGGUCCCCGUCAGUCCUCCAGGGGCGCUCGAGCAGCUCCUUCAACAACUGAACGCGCCUUGGACCAUGCGCCAAGCCGGCGGCGGGUCCAAUCAAUCCGGAAGGCAGCUACUCAUCGAUGGGCACAUCUUCACCAUUGGCUCCGACUGGGUCGUCUGCGUUGGUAAUGUCAUCCUCGCUGGUGGCACGCUCAAAGGCAUGAUCCUCGAGGCCGAAUACCUCCCCAUCCCCGACCUCCGCAGCCCCCUCGGCGACGGCAACCCCGAAUUCAUCUCCGGCUUCCUCAUCUCCCUCCUACCCAACAUCCCCGAUGCAAGAAACGUAAUAUGCACGAUACCCGACAACAUCUGGGAGGACGUCCUUUGGGACAGGGAGGCCGAGGAGCGAAAGUGGCUUGCGGGGAUAGAGGAACGACGGAAGGCGCAGGAGGAGAAGCGAAAGGCGCAGGAAGAGAAGGGGAAGGCGCAGGACGAGAAGGGGAAGGCGGACGCGGCAAGGGAUUUAGCGUCGGAAGGCACCCUGGGGAGCGUCGCGAGCUCGGACACGAUGGCCACGGCGCCUCCGGACUCGCAGCCGCCUUCGCAGAGUCAGACGCAGCCCUCGCAGAGCCAGGCCGAAUCUUCCCAGACACAUACUUCGCAAAGUCAGCCUUCACAAUCCGAUGCUAUGGACGAAGAUAAGGCACCACCCGCUGAUCCUUCAGCCCCGUCAGAUACGACCGAAGCCGCGCCACAACCGCCCUCCACCUCACAACCCCCUCCCUCUACCUCCACUUCUCAGCCCCCUCCCUCGCAACCUGCCCCUUCAUCUGCCCAACCACCACCACCACCCUCCGACGACGACAUCUUCGCCAGCCCUGACGACCCAGAGCCCUUCUCCAAAUACGACUGGAUCGGGCCCGAGCGUGACCGCAGGUCCGCGUUCUCUAUCAUCAUGGCACUGCGCUCGGAGGGGUUGUUAUAGUAUCAUAUGUGUUGUUGGCGUGCUAUCGCAGCUAGGGAGUUCCUGUUGGCGAGUCUGCUGCUGCAUUGCACUGCAUCCGUGAGGCUAUCUUACUUAACAAAACAUGAAUUCGAUGCCGAUACUGCAAGAAAACAGAUGCAAGCAUGAAAUUCAGGGGUGUAGACGUUCUACUGUACGCCUACGUAUGGGACUGUAAGAAUUGCGGUGUUCGAAAGGCCCGAAGCAUCGACUUUCUUGAGUGGACGUGUCGCUUUUAGUAUCCCUCUAUCCCGAUAGUCUCUUCCGCGCCAGAGGGGUAGACGAAGGUGAGACUGAGCGACGUCGACGGUGGUCCGCGUACCAUAGCCAUCGGAUGCUCGGCCUCGGAAGAAGGCUCGAGAGGCUCUACAUUGCGCUUGGGGAUCAUCCUUCGCAGCGGUUCGAUCAGGUUGAGCUGGCUUUCCUUCCAGAACGUGUCAUCGUCGUUGGGGCGCCCG